AUGCAUAUUUUGCUGUCCUCAGAUAUCUCUGGCAGUCCUGUCAGUGUGGAUGUGGGAAUGUGCAGGUCGCACUGUGGGGGGGCACCCAGGACAUCUAAUGAAGCGGGACAGCAGGAAUACUCCAAACAUGCAUCCAUGCUGGAAUUUCUCAGGAGCAAAAAAAUGAGGAUGCGCAGACCCGCCGCCUCAGAGGGCUCGGACACGCUGGGCCAGCUCCCCUCCUGCGGCCUCAACCAGGUGUGCGAGCCGACCGGGAUGCGGGUGGAGCGGGUGCUGCUGUUCGAGGGGCCCCGGGAGGUGGAGGUCAUCCAGGAGUGCCACUGCGACACCAAGCUGACCCAGUGCAUCCGCGUCCCGGCGCUCAGGACCUACUUCUUCGACACGCCGUACGAGACGGUCAUCGACGUGGGAGGAUGCUCCAGGUCCAAGGGCUCCCCAGAGGGAUUCUCCUGUGUGCCCACGAAGUUUGACUCGGCUCUGGUGGAAACUCCUAACAAAGUGGACCUGAUCCAGACUGUGGCGACAUGUGAGCUGAAGGAAAGCUGCUACAGGGUCCCAUAUGUGGAGUAUUACUACGAAAUAGUCAACCAUGCUGACGGAAUUAAAGAGGAGAAACUCAAAGAAAUAGAUGUGGGCAGAUGUUUGGGAGGGUGCACUACAGGAAACCGAUGCCUUCUCAGGAGUCCCUCUGAUCCUGACAUUUGUCAUCUGUGGGCCGAAGGACCCUCCACCUCCUGUGUUCCUCAGGGCUAUGAGAGCCACACAUUCCUCAACCAGCACGGCCAGAUACGCACUGUUCUCUCCAUCACCUCCUGUGCUUGCCAAAACUGAACAUUGCGCCCC